AUGGCAAAUCAUUGUCAGGCUUCUAGUUUGCACCUCGAGUGCAGUAACUACGAAGCGCUAGUCCUGGAGGUCGAAAUCCACAAGGUAAAGGACCUAGACAGUCAGAACUACGGAGCGCUUGUCCUGGAUGUCAAGUUUCACCAAGUAGCAGACCUGGAGCGCAGAAACUACGGAGCGCUUGUCCUGGAAGUCGAGUUUCACCAGGUAGCGGACCUGGAGCGCAGGAACCACGAAGCGCUUGUCCUGGAGGUCGAGAUCCACCCGGUGGAGGACCUGGACAGCCAAAACUACGGAGCGCUUCUCCUGGAGGUCGAGGUCCACCAGGUGGAGGACCUGGAGCGCAGGAACCACCGAGCGCUCGUCCUUGAAUUCGAGUUGCAUCAGAAAGCGGAUCCGAAGCGCAGGAUCCAGGAGGUAGAGAACCCGGUACUCGAAAUUUGCGGAGCGCGAUUCCCUUACGUCCUCUCUACUGCGCGGUUGUUUCCGGACUGAGGAAUUCAGUUAACUGAUUUUCGUGGUCGACGAUUACUAUAGAUCGAUGACGUCAGGGAAGAAAAAAUUUCGGGUGACGUCACUUUCUGAACAGCCGAAAAUUCAAAACUUGGUUUCGAACUUUGAUACUAUGUAUGUAUGAUUAUAUGAAUAUGGUCUUCCCAUCGUAACGAAAUGGCAUCAUUGUUAAAGGAUUCCCAUAUAAUGGAAGUUUUCAAUUAAGGACACAAUUUAAACUUUACAUUUGUUUCUAUAUUCCUUGUCAUCAUAGAAAUCAUUGUCUUAGGAGUUCUGAUCCUUAUCUGAUUGUAUUUCUGAGAGGUGCUACCAGAUUUUAUAGAAGUUCUUCACAUUCUUGCACAGGUUCUCACAAUAAUACGCAUAUUAAACAACUAUAGAAGGUAAAUAAGGGCACAGUAGAAAACGAAAUGUACAAAAUAUAAUGUAGGUACACCAGAAGGAACUUACAAUUGCAUCAUUCAUACAUAUACACUCGAAAUUUAAAAACAACAGUAACUAAAAAAAAAGCACAUUUGUGAGCAUGUUUAGAUGUUAUUUCAGAUUCAAUCAACCCUCUCUUACUUAUGUCUUCUUCUAUUUAUGCUUUUGUACGAUGUAUGACGAAUUAAUUCAGUUACCACAAUCAAUUUCACUCAUUAUCAUUUAGAAAUAAUUUACACAAUUGCAAAGAU